UCAUCAUUCACGACAACAACAAACGAACAUCUCAGGCCAAAGUACGAACACCACAUUAGUCCGCUGCAAUAAAUUCACUUAACUUCGUAAAUAAUGAGCGACGGUGAAGAUGGAGGAACCGUUCAGGUCGAGGACACAACGGAGAAGGAAAAUAUCGAGCCUCCAAUGAAAAAAUUGAAAGUCGAACCGAAGAAAAUGGAUUUAGAAACUCGGCUGAACGACAUCUUGAGCUGUAACGUUUGCCUAGCUUUGCCUUGUAAGGCGAUCUUUCAGUGUCCACAUGGGCAUCUCAUGUGCUCUAGCUGUUUUACACACCUACUGGCUGAUGCAAGGUUGAAAGAUGAGCAAGCAACUUGUCCUAAUUGCAGGACAGAAAUCAGUCGCAACAAUUGCUCUCGCAACCUUGCUGUAGAAAAAGCAGUGUCUGAGCUGCCUACAAAAUGCCAGUUUUGCAGUGAACAAUUUCCAAGGAUUCUGAUUGGCUCACAUGAAAGAGAAGACUGCAACAACAGGUUGGUUGAUUGCAAGUUCAAACGGCUGGGCUGCCAGUGGCAAGGUCCAUUUCAUGAGUUAUCUAAACAUGAAAGUGAAUGUACUCAUCCAAAUAAAACUGGUUUGGAGCUAAUGACAGCUUUGGAUGCCAUUGAUGAAACUAACAGCAAGAAUAUGCGGAUGUUACAAACUAUAGUUGGACUUCUGUCAUAUGAAAAGAUCGCUAUCAAUGAUUUGCAGUUGAGACCAUACCGUACAGAUGAUUUCAUCCCACAGCUGUACUAUGAGACAAGUCGUUUCAAUGCCCUGGGGCAGCAAUGGGUUGUCAAAACCAAAGUCAUUGGAAGUGAGAAGAUUCUCAAAAGAGGACUACUGUUUCAGCUUGUACAGAAAACAAAAGGACCAACGAACAUCAAGUUCAUGAUGAUUCGUAGUCCAUUUGGUGACUUGUCUGUUGUGCCAACACUUCAUCACCAUGAGUUUGCUGGUGAUGCCAUGGAAAGUGAGUUUUAUGAACUGAACUUUGUGGACAGUCUUGAAGCUAAUAAGAUGCUUGCUGAAAAAAUAAUUAACUUGAGGCUAAUGAUGUUCCAAGUAUCAAAUUAAUAAACUGAUUUUAUUUAUACAAAUGUAUAUAUAAAUUCAAAAAUUAAGACUUUUGUAAUAAUUUAGCAGCAUAUUUGACUUAGUUGCAGUUUAUUGAUAUCUUCUUUUUAUUGCUUAAAUUAGAGGUAUAAUUGGUUGGUUUUAUAGAUUAAUUAAAGUUAAACAUCUGGACUUAUUUAUAUCAAAACAAUAUUUAUGUAGUUAUGACAAUAGUUUCAGACGAAACAGGAUAAUAUGCUGCUGAAAUUUACAAAAAUAAGAAUUAAACUAAAAUAUGCUAAUUGUCAUUUUAUGCAUGGAUCAAGUUCAUGACUUGCAAAUAUUCAAAAUUGGCCUAACCAAGUGGCUACUGUAUCAAAGGGAAGUCAGCACACUCUGGCCUUUUUAUAUUCAUCCCUAACCCUUCCCUACCCCUGGUUGAUCUAUGUCUUGACCAUGAUUCAUGAAAACCAAUUCAUUGCACUACAUAUACAGUGUCUUUUAAUCUGUAUUCAUUACCCACCACCAAGACAGUAGCCUUUGGUUGUCUAAGGAUUGUUAGUGCCAUUGUUUAUGUUAAAUACAAAUAUUGUAUAUUAUUGUAAGUUUCUAAUUAUUGAAGUGAUGAACUUAUCCCUGUGUGUUAUUUACCUGCUAUUUAUUAUAUUUUGCUUAAAUAAUUCUUUUGUACAGAAAAAGCAGUAUUACAAAAAUUUACUGAAAAGUUUUAAACUAAUAUUAUAACAAUUUGGUGAACGGUUUGAAGAAUAUUGGUAAUAUCUCUGAUAACUAUGUAAUAUAUGGACAUAAAAUUAUUUUAUCUAUAAUUAGCACAGUCACACAGUCCAUGCAGUGUAAUCGAUAUCCCUAACAAAGGAUGGGUGUAUAUAAUAUAAAUAAUCAAUCAAAUAUAAUAAUUAUUGAAUCAUUGUUAACUAUUACUUUUAAAUCCAUUUUAAAUAAUAUUAAAAUUCAAGUGAUUAAGAUUAAUGUUGUGUUUAAAAGUACUUUGAUUGCUGUAUUGGUAGAACAUUCCUCUUGCCUGCUGAUGAACUAUUUGCCAGUAAUUAUUCCUUGAGUCAAUAACAAGGUUAUACCUAUUAUUAUUAUUAUUGAGAUGUUUGGGUAAUGUGUGUAAUAUAUUAAACUACCUAUCAUUAUAAUUAUUAUUAUUAUUAUUAUUAUUAUUAAGAUGUUUGGGUAAUGUGUGUAAUAUAUUAAACUGUGUGCACAAAC